AUUGGGAUAAGAUAACCUGGAAAAGAAGACCCCGGGCAUUUGACUCCUGCAAAUAUGCAACAAACAGGGCUUAGCGCUCUUGCUGCUUUUUCGCAGGCUGGACCAGACUCGGGCAGUACUGCUCGGGUCUGCUCGGGCUGGGCUCAGGCUUAAAGCGGCGUGGCUCAGUCCACGAACCUAAUCCAAAAUAGGAAAGGAAAGUAGCCCCUGGUCGUGUGCCCAGUCUUCAAGGCGAAAAUCUAAGCAGGCGAGGGCAGGGUCGUAAAACGGGCGCAGAAAAAAUAGGAAUAUCUGUCUACGACACGUCGGCUCUUCUACCUCAUUCUGUGACCCAAACCGUGUGCCACCGAUAUCCAAGAUGAACUGCGCUUGUCGGACAAACUCUCUCAAGAUAUUUGUCCAGAGUCUUACCGAGCUUCGCGUUACUGAUCCUAUUAUUUCAAGACCUUUUCGACCUAAUCAUCUCAGCUCGCCAAUUGCCUUUCGUCAGGCCCCCAUUCGUCACUCGGCUCGACCGUUCACUUUCUCUGCAGCUGCCUACUCGUCUGGACUUAAACAUCAAGAUAACGCAGAAAGUUUGUCGGCGGACAGAGUCGAGAAAGAGACGCCUAUCCGAGCAACAGCCGAAACACUUCAAUAUGAUUCUCCUCCUCCAGCUUCGACUGCCUUACCUGCCUCGGGCGAUGAACUCACAGCCGCGAAGUUAAAUGGAGCCAUUCUCGACCUUAGUCCAGAAUCUAUCGAUGCACUCAUUGCGAACCUAGAUCAAACAUCAAUUGCUGGGCAAGAAAAUGGGUUAGAGCAGCGUAACAAUCGUCAGCUCGAUACACAACCAGAGUCACCACGGAAAUCUAAGCCACCCGUCGAAAAGAGUCAGCUCAAAAGACUCAAGAUCAUAAAAGAAGAUAAACCGCUGCGCGAUCCAGAUGAAGCAUGGGCAAGGCAGCCCGAAGAUUGGCAAAUACAGAAGCAGGCGCUGAAGGAAAAGUUUCCAGAGGGCUGGCGGCCUAGGAAGCGACUAUCUCCGGACGCGCUGGAAGGGAUCCGGGCGCUGCACGCGCAGUUUCCAGAACAGUACACGACGGAGGUGCUGGCCAAGAAUUUCGAGGUAUCCCCGGAGGCGAUCCGGCGCAUUCUCAAGGGUAGGUGGACGCCGAGUGCCGAAGAGGAUACUCGCCGGCAAGAGCGCUGGUUCAACCGUGGCAAGGAGAUAUGGAGCCAGAUGGCGGAGCUUGGGACGAAGCCGCCGCGCAAAUGGCGCCGCGAGGGCGUCGUUCGAAAGCCCCACUGGAACGAGAAGAAAGGCCCCAGGACUGAGUACCCUUACAUGCCUGAAGGGAAGAGCCAGGCUCAGGAUGAACGUCCGGCGGAGAGCGCGCAUCGGAGGCUGUCUGGGUCUCUCUUGUAACACACUUGACUUGUAUUGCCUGGCUGUGUGUGUAUAAAAAGGCGAUUGAAGGUUGUCUAUUCUGAAAUAUCGUGCUAGAUAUACAUGGGCUCUGUCUAUACUACCAGUACAUAUUGAACAUCCUAUAAUACCAUUUCUGCUCAUGUACAGGUUUUUCUUCGGUGACCAUACCAGGUUAUUUACUUUCUUGGAUGCUCUACGAAAUGUUUCACACUAGUGGUUCACCCCUCGCCAGUUAAUCGGAACAAGAGCGCAAGGUGGCCUGAGUCUACUAUUAUUAGACUAGAAAUCGUUGCUAAUAUCAAUUUCAACUCAAGUAUU